UGCGCUCCCGUCGACAGCAACAGUCUACUAGGUACUAUCUUGCACUCGUCCCUUCCCUUCUCGAAUCUAACUCUAACACGGCCGACAUGUCUCCCUACUACCGUGUGGUCGAGCACACCGUCAACUGCUGCCACUCACGCGAGUAUGCCACGGCGACGGUGAAUGGCGAUGCGGACAAGCCCAGACUUGCAGUCAAGCAGUACAUCCCCUUAGACAACCCCAACCCGCAGCCAGGCGAUGUCACAAUCAUCGCUGCUCAUGCCAAUGGCUUUCCGAAAGAACUGUAUGAGCCGCUCUGGGAUGACCUUCACAAGCGGACUCCGCAGAGCGGGAUCCGCAUCCGGUCCAUCUGGAUCGCCGACAUGUGGAAUCAGGGGCAGUCAGGCGUGCUGAAUGAGAAGAUCCUGGGAAAUGAUCCUAGCUGGUGGGACCACUCGAGGGAUCUCAUGCACCUGAUCAAUGAGAAACAGGAUGAGAUGCCUCAGCCGCUGGUCGGGAUCGGACAUAGCAUGGGCGGUGCACAACUCGCGCUCCUCGCCCUCUCCCACCCGCGCCUCUUCCGGUCCCUGAUCCUCCUCGACCCGGUCAUCACCCUCUCCAACAGCGGCAUCGGCCCAGCCAUAGCCUCGACCACGCGCCGGGAUCUGUGGGACUCGCGCGACUCGGCGGCCGCCAAGUUCGCCCAAAGCAAGUUCUACCGCGCGUGGGACCCGCGCGUGCUCAAGCUCUGGGUCGCCCACGGCCUGCGGGACCUCCCCACCGAACUCUACCCUUCCGCAGAGAAGGGAGACAAGCAGGUCACGCUGACCACGACGAAGCACCAAGAGCUCUUCACCUUCCUCCGACCGACCUACCGCGCGGAGCCGUACACGCUCCCGGACUACGACCGGCCGCUGUACGCGGGCUAUCCCUUCUACCGGCCCGAGCCGCUCCACGCGUACAGCAGGCUGCCCGAGCUCCGGCCGAGCGUGCUGUAUGUGUUUGGGGCGGAAUCCGACAUGUCGACGCCCGCGGAGCGGCGGGCCAAGCUGGAGAGGACGGGGAGUGGGCUGGGGGGCAGUGGCGGUGCGACACGGGGAAAGGUGAAGGAGGUGGUGCUGGACUGUGGGCAUCUGGUGGCCAUGGAGCGGGUUCCGCAGUGCGCGGAGGCGAUUGCCGGGUUUUUGGAGGGAGAGGUAGACUUGUGGAAGAGGGAGCAGAGGGUGUUUGAGGAGGCGAGGCAAGGGGUGGGCAGCAGGACCGAGGUCAUGACUAUUGAUGAGCGGUGGAAGAGGGAGCUCAAGGCUAAGAUUUGAUGGUUGCUUGUGGUGGAUGGGAGCUUUGGAUCAUAAGCGUGGGAUAACUGAUAGAGACAAUAGAAAAGGGGAGGUAAGAAAGGACAUGUAGAGCGCUUGGAUGUUGCAACUUGUAUAUCGCUGCGUUCACGGAGCAAUCGCGCUUUCCUGUAUCUAUUCGUUUAUCUUUGCUGACCAUCGGACCAUCUCCCUCCCCCCUUCUCCCAAUUUACC